AUGAGAGCGCGGCGUUGACAGCCAGUGGCCACUGAUCAGCUCACUUUGUCAGGGUGUGUGUCUCCAUGCAAGACUGCUGAUAAAAGACGCUCAGACUCUCGCAUUUUUGUCUUUAUUUGCAAGAAAAGCUCCAGCAGCCAAACCACAAGUCCGUCCACGGCAACAAAAAGCACAAAAAGCCUCUGAGUAUUAUUUUUUUUUUUCUUUUUCUAGACUCAUCAGUGUCUCUCAACUCCCUGCACAAUGUCUGGAGAGGACGCAGCACCUGCCGAGCAGCAAAACGCCGUGGAACAGAAGCAGGAGACAAAACCAGCGGAGGAGCCCAAAGCUGAGCCGCCCAAGACCGAGCCUGCUCCCGCCAGUGGCGCCGCCGAGGCCGCAGCUUCCCCCGCGGCCGCCACCGAGAAGGUCCCCGAGGAGGAGGCGUUCACCUACCGCGCUCUGGUGCUCACCGGCUACGGGGGUUAUGAUAAAGUGAAGCUGCAGGUGAAGAAAGGCAAACCGACGCUCAAGGCUGGCGAGAUCCAGGUCCGGGUCAAGGCUUGCGGGCUGAACUUCGCUGACCUGAUGGCCAGACAAGGGCUGUACGACCGGAUGCCGUCCCCGCCGGUCACCCCGGGGAUGGAGUGCUCCGGGGUGGUGGAGGCUGUGGGUGAAGAAGUGACAGACAGAAAAGUUGGCGAUAAGGUGAUGGUGCUGAGCCGCUUUGGGCUCUGGCAGGAGGUGGUGGUGGUGCCGGCGAGCCACACCUUCCUCAUCCCGGAGGGCAUGAGCUUCGAGGACGCGGCGGCGCUUCCCGUCAACUACAUCACCGCCUACAUGAUGCUGUUCGACUUCGGCAACCUGCGACCCAACCAGAGCAUCCUCGUCCAUGCUGCUGCAGGUGGUGUGGGCAUCGCAGCCACCCAGCUGUGCAAGACGGUGAAGGACGUGACCGUGUUCGGCACCGCGUCGGCCAGCAAACACGAGACCAUCAGCCAGGGUGGCGUCACGCACCCCAUCGACUAUCGCACCAAGGACUAUGUGGAGGAAGUCCGCAAGAUCAGCCCAAAAGGACUGGACAUAAUACUGGACCCUCUCGGAGGAUCAGACACCCAUAAGGCCUACAACCUGCUGAAGCCUAUGGGCAAACUUAUCACUUAUGGUACGGCUAACAUGCUGGCGGGCCAGAAGAAGAACCUCCUCGCUGUGGCCAAGAACUGGUACCACCAGUUCUCCAUCCACACGCUCAGCCUGAUCCAGGGGAACAAGUCGGUGUGCGGCUUCCACCUGGGCUACCUGGAAGGGGAGAUGGAGCUGAUCACACAGGCCAUGGACUCCAUCCUGGACCUGUACAAGCAGGGCAAGGUCAAGCCCCACAUCGACUCCACCUGGCAUCUGGAGCAGGUGGGCGACGCCAUGAGGAAGAUGCAGGAGAGAAACAACAUCGGCAAAGUGAUCCUCACCACAGAGCCCAUGCCCGAGGAGGAGAAGAAGGAGGAGCCCAAGAAGGAGGACAAGAAGGAGGAGAAGAAGAAGGACGACAAGAAGAAGGAUGACAAGAAGAAGGACGAUGGCAAGAAGGAAGAGAAGAAGGACGACAAGAAGAAGGAAGAGCCCAAGAAGGAGGAGAAGAAGGAGGAGGAGAAGAAGGAGGAGGCCAAGAAGGAGGAGGCAAAGAAGGAGGAGAAGUGAGAGGGAGGGAUAGUCAAGCAGACCAGCGGGGAGUUUGAGUCCUGGGAACAGGGGGUGUGGUGUGGGGUGGUGGGGUGGGGGAGGCAUGAUGGGUGGGAGCGUAUGCUGAAUGGGAAGAUGGAGAAGGGUAUGUUACAUCAUUAUCACACCACUGUCGGUCUUUCAUCUCAUCUGUUUCACCCUCAUAAAUUCAUAACCACGGCGAUUACUUAGGCCUGGCUCCACCCACGCCCCAUCAGGUAUUGUUUUCCCAACCAAAAAAAUAAAUAAAUAAUAAAUAAUCCACUAGCUUGUACGACCACGUCAGAAGCAAGACGACUUUUCUUUCUGUCUCUGCCUCCACAAGACCAAGAAAACAGCCUUUCCCUGUUCGUGACGACAGAGACAAGUGAGCCUUGAUGGACCGUGGGCAGCGUCCAGGCUUGGGGACAAAUUAUUGUUUCCUUAACAACCAUCCAUCUUCAUUCACACUCUGGCCCCACCCUCAACCAUCCCCCCCCCACACCUCAUCUCCCACUGUGCUAAAUUGUUCUGCUCUGACUUCCACCUGCCUCCUCCUCCUCCUCCUCCUCACUCACUCACCACCCCCACCUUCACUGUGCUAAAAAAAAAAAAACACCCCACCCCGCCCCCACACACCUUCCACACCACUACCCUACACCAACCUACAGGCCGGACCCACAGACAGGCACACAGGCAGGCACACAGGCAGGCACACAGGCAGGCACACAGGCAGGCACACAGGCAGGCACACAGGCAGGCCGGGGAGAAAAAAAGCAACAGAACCACACCCACGCACACGUUUGCUCUCUCUGAUAGUUAUGACACUGAGAAUGAGUCAGAGACGCCUGUGAUUGGCUCAUGCCUUCAGCCCCCCCCCUCCCCCCAUGAUAUUUGCAUCAUGGUUUUGCUCAUGAUUGACUUGCUCAAACAAUAGUGUCACUGCUGCAAGGCCUUAAACUGGUGGCAGGGAAGACAGCUCCAUAAUGCAUGGUGUGUGUGUGUGUGUGUGUGUCGCACACCACCACCACCACCAAAUAACUGUGGCGUUAAUAUAGUGGCUGCCGUCCUGCACUUGAAUAUGAAUCUGCUUCAUAAUAAGCCUUCUCUGUGCAGCGUUGAAUAGGGAGGCAGACAUCAUUGCUCAGCUUCCUCCUCCUUGGUAACAGAUUUUUCUCGCUGACCAACUGUUGGCAAGAAGUGCACAGUGCCAAUUAAGAAGAGAAUUUGUUUCUACUCACAACGAGCCACACAGGCACGCACAUGCACGCGCGCGCACAAACAUGCACUCUCAGAAUGUGAUGAAAGAGGCACUGUCACGCGGAGACAGGGAAGCGUCUCAAACGGGCAAGUUAACAAGGUGAAUAACAGUGUGUGUGUGUGUGUGUGUCCCACUCCCUGAUCCUCCUCGAGGCAUUCCGUGGCAUUCUGCUCCCUUCACAGUGGCCACUUGCCUGUCGAUCACCCUGACCUGGGAGAGGAAAAUUAAAUUCAAGCUGGCGUCCAUACUUUGCCUCCCCUCCUUCUCCCUGCUCUCUCUCUCUCCCUCCUCUCUUUCCAUUUCCCUCUCUAUGGUCGGCAUAGCAACAGGCGUCAGGCUCGUCAGAGAAGGCACUGUGGUCUGUUUCUCUGACUUCCUCUCCCUAUGUCUCCCUCCUCUGCCUCUCUUAACCCUAUUUGCCAACUGCCGGCGCUGUGCACCAGUAUUUCAGAGUGUUGUAUUCAGAAAUCUUUUCUUCUUUUUUUUUUUGUCUGAAAUCUUAAUCUAGUAUUGCCUAAUUAUGCCUUUAGCAGUCGGCUGGCUUAAACAGCAAAUGGCUCCCUCUAAUGGCCAGAAUUCAUUGUGUCUGGCAGGUGCCAUGUUAGGACUCCACAAGUGCAAUCAUCACAGAUCCUGGGUGGACAUAAAGUCUUAAACCUUACACGUUUACCCACACAUCCGCCUGCCUGUCUGCCUGUCUGCCUGUCUGCCUGCCUGUCUGUCUGUGACUCUGGCCUCAGUGUUGAGACUCAGAUGGUGACUCUAGUGACUUUGUAUAAAAAAAAAAAACACACACAAAAAGAAAAUGUUUAAAGAAAAAAAAAAAAGUAACAAAAAAGUUGUUGUGCUAGCAUGAGUGGCCUCCCUCAUGUGCUGUGUGUGGUGUGCCAUUGUGUGUGAAGAUGUGUGUGUGUGUGUGUGUGCGUGCGUGUGUGUCCUCAGGUCGUUUGUCAGGUUUUAAAACCCCUUACCCCGUGCCACCACCCCCUCAUACUCCUCUGCUACAACAUUGUGUAGCAUCAUCCAAACCUUCCCUCCAUACUCUCUUUCUCUCUGUCUGAUAAGAGGCCUGUGUAAUGAGGACAGUUGGUAUUAGUAUUUUGCACUCUGCUCGCUGAUCUUAAUGCACUUACAAGCAUGACAGUCACACUCCAGUCCCGCGCGGGCUUUGAUUCUGCCCCAGGUCUGCGGCCUGCUUCCCAUCAUCCUCCACCAGUGCAUCUGCUGAACAAAGACAUGUACAUGUAGGUCCCAUCGUCAUGCAAAGGUCCCAUCGUUUUCAGCUUGCCAGUCCUGGUCCAGGCCAACUUCUCCUGGGUGGCAGCUAAAAUCAGAGCAUCCAUCCAUCCUUAACUGUGGGAAGUAAAACACGGAGCAGGGCUGGAGCGAACUGGGCUGGAGUGUGACAGCCACGCUGGUGUGGGGAGUGACUGUGUCCUGUCAGCCUCUGGUUAGUGUUCUGUUCUAAUCUGCUGGGCUCCCUUUGUGAACCUGUGGACGGUGCUUCUGUUCUGAGUGCCAUGUGAGAAACAAACGCUUCAGUAUGAAUUAAAAAAGAAAAGAAAUAA